AUGCAAGCCCCGAUCAGAUACGAUACAGCUUCCGGCGAAAGCUCAGCUAGACAGCUGUCAAACGGAUUGGUGACGUUGAUUCGGUUUGUCGGCGUUGUUGGGUUAUAUGGCUGGGGCCAAAAAACGGUAGAGAACCUUGGGAAGAAAGCAACGCAACACGUGAUUGGCUGGGAAGGUGAGGUUAAUUUUUAAGCCGCAUCUUUAAGCCCGCCACCGCCCAAUGAUCACAACAAGAUCUGAGUACAGAACGGAAGAAGAGGGAGAAAAGGACAGACACAUUCUCAAAAAUAAAAGCUUGCAUGGAGAGCAGCUGCAAUAAUGAAUUGGCGUUGCUCGUCUACUCCUCUUUCUCGUUAUUUCACCCACACCAGACCUUGGAGAUAUAACUUCUGUGCCUCUCAAUCUAUAAACUAACUUACUCAUUAAACCCCCGCUCCCCUGCCGAAAACCCAAAAGAUAACUUACUUCCAUUCGACCCUUUGCCAAACCGAGUCUUAUCAUAGGAUACGUUUCAACAUGAUGGUUCGUUCCUCACCGACCUUUCUCAUCAGGUAACUAGAUCAAUAGACGAUCAACCGUCCUCACUACAUCUCAAAACCUCAAAGCAAAGCCGAAGUAACUUAGUUGAGAAAGAUUCGUGGGAGAUGGUCAAUCAAAUCAAUCCCUUCUUCCAUCCCAUUGAUCAUUGAUCGCUUAACUAGAUGUGACUACUGUAACUACCGUACCUACUUACAUAGAUAACUCUGUACUCCAGUAGUUAAGGGUUGUUUGAGUAGAUCAAUCAAUCAAUCCAUCAAUCAAUCAAAUCACUAAUUACUGA